UCUAUAUAAAGUAUAAACCCUUGAGACCUCUUCCCAUAAUAAACACAUUGCAUCAACUCAUCAUCCUUAGCUUACUUAGAUACACAUAUAUAUGGCGACCACCACAUGCAAACCCACUUCUUAUAUGUGUUUCCUCCUUCUAUUGCUUCUCUUGCACUUUAAUUUGGGGAAAAGCCAACUUGAGGUGAAUUAUUAUUCGAGUAGGUGCCCAAGAGCGGAAGACAUAAUAAAGGAACAAGUGACGGAGCUAUAUAAGAAGCACGGCAACACGGCGGUUUCAUGGCUGAGAAAUCUGUUCCACGAUUGCAUGGUGAAGUCAUGUGAUGCGUCGUUACUGUUAGAGACGGUGGAGGAGGUGGUGUCGGAGCAGGCGUCGUCGAGAAGCUUUGGGAUGAGGAACUUCAAGUACGUGAAGAGCAUAAAAGACGCGGUGGAGAAAGAAUGCCCCAUGACUGUUUCAUGUGCUGACAUCAUUGCCCUUUCUGCCAGAGACGGCAUCGUGCUGCUGGGAGGCCCAACAAUUGAAAUGAAGACUGGAAGAAGGGAUAGCCAACAGAGCUACGCCACGGAGGUGGAAUCCUCCAUUCCCAACCACAAUGAUUCCAUGUCUUUAGUGCUCUCUCGUUUUCAACAAAUUGGCGUUGACCUUGAAGCCACAGUCGCCCUCUUAGGAGCGCACUCAGUGGGAAGAGUACACUGCACCAAUAUAGUGCAGAGGCUAUACCCUCAAGUGGACGAAACAUUGGAGCCAGAACACGCACAGUACCUGAAACGUCGAUGCCCAGAUCCCAAUCCAAACCCAAAGGAUGUGCAAUACUCCAGGAACGACCUCGUAACUCCUAUGAUAGUGGACAACAACUAUUACAAAAACAUCCUUAAACACAAGGGCCUCCUCACAGUUGACGAGGAACUUGCUACUGAUCCCAGAACUUCCCCUUACGUCAAAAAGAUGGCCGAUGACAACGAUUAUUUCAACCAACAGUUCUCAAGGGCUAUUCUCUUGCUCUCACAAAAUAAUCCUCUCACUGGAGAUCAAGGUGAAAUCAGGAAGGAUUGUCGCUACAUCAACCGCAAUGCCACCUAAUUCACCUUUCCUCCAUGUCAAUAAAUAAAUCAUCACCAAAUAUUUUCUAAAUCUCUUUAAUUUGCUUAUAAGUAUUUCUUAGAUCCAUGUGUUCCGCAAGCUUAAAUCAAAGUGUAAUCAUUCACCCUUCAAGGAACGUUAUUAAAAAGGUUUCUACCCAA